AUGGGAUGGUCAACUAGAGGUACUGGACGUAAUUAUGACAGCCUCACUGGUUCAGCUGCACUCAUUGGAUUAUUUACCCAAAAAGUUCUUUCUUAUACUUCGCUAAAUCGCAAAUGUCGAAUGUGUGAUCGUGGACAUGACCCCGAAGAUCAUGAUUGCAGACGCAAUUUCAAGGGUAGUGCAAAAGCUAUGGAACCCAAAGCCGCUGUACAACUAGCUACAGACAAUAAAAUUUUUCAGGCAUGUCAUGUUGAAUUGGGUAUCGUAAUUAGUGACAAUGAUAGUAGCUCCAUUUCAGCUAUGCGUGCAGCUAGUUGUCAUGAAAUUAUAAAACAUGCUGAUAAAAACCAUACAAGUAAAGGUGUGACAAAUGAACUCUAUAAAUUAAAAAAAAAUCACAAAGAACUCACUGGAGUUGCAAUAAAACAUAUUCAACGAUGUUUUGCAUACUGUAUGGCUCAGAAUGUAGGCGAUGCUGCGGGAAUGGCUAAGGCUAUAAAAAACAUACCAUAUCAUUGUUUCAAUCAACAUGCUAAUUGCGGAACUUGGUGCGGUUAUCAUAAAAAUCCGGAAACUUACAAACAUUCCUCUAUAGGCGAAGGUUUUCAUAAUGAAAAUCUGUUUGAAGCAUUGAAAUGUUUGUUUGAUGUACUCGCGAGUAAAACUGAGAGGUUUGUAGCCGGAGUUUCUAGUAAUGCCAACGAAAGCUUAAAUUCAAUUAUAGCUAGCAAAGCACCGAAGUCCCGCUUUUAUGGGACGUCAACGUCGUGCGAUUAUAGACUAGCUUGUGCAAUUAAUAAAAAAAAUGAUGGAGAGGAGUACGUAGCCCAAUUAGCACAAAAAUUAUCUUUAUCCCCCGGAAAACAUACUACAAAAUACGGAAAUACAAUAGCCUCAAAUGCUCGCAAAAGAUAUUUAAGAUCAUCAACUCGAGAUUUUAAAAAAAGGCGCAUUUUACUUAAAAAAAUGAAGACUCAGUUACGACAUAGAAAAGAAUUUUCAGAAGGCCCUGAAACAUAUCAAUCAGAUAUGGCACUCUUAAACUCUGAUAUACCUACUAUAGUUGAAAUACCUAAUAAUCUUUCACUUCCUAUUAUAGUUUUCUUUGAUUUGGAAACUGGGGGUUUUUCUAAGACAGCAGAUAUUUUGCAAAUCGCCGCUAAACACGAGACAUCAACUUUUUCCAUUUAUAUUAACUCAACUCAAAAAAUUGACGAGAGAGCAAGCCAGGUUACCGGCUUACGAAUCGUCGCAGGGCAGUUACAAUAUCGUAAUAAUUCAGUUACAUCAUUUUCCUUAUCUGAGGCCAUGUAA